AUGAACGCCGGCGGAGCCACCAACCUUCACCAACUUACAGUAACCCACGCUCACACUCAACCUAAUCAUCAACCUUUUCCAUCAAUUCACCUACAAAAAAUUCCCAAUCACCCACGAAACCCACACUUUCUUCACAUGGGCACUUCUCAAAACUCACAACAUAGAACAAGCAGAAUGAUUCAUGAAGAGAGAUCCUCACAACCUAUCUCACGCAUGGGACGCAUCUAUCCGUGGUCUAUGCUCCACGCGCCAAGAAGAACCAGAAAGGGUUCUCUCAGUUCUGAAACAUUGUUCGGUAAGUCGUGGUGUUUUUGUAUCUUCCUCCGUUUUUUUGUUGCGCAAUUCAAAAACUUUUGCUAUGUGGGUCAUGUGGGUAAGGCUAUUGAGGUUCUUGACAAGCUCAAGGCUAAGCGUGAAAGAGGUAUCACAAUUGAUAUUGCUCUGUGGAAGUUUGAGACGACUAAGUAUUACUGUACUGUCAUUGAUGCCCCUGGACAUAGGGAUUUCAUUAAGAACAUGAUUACUGGUACUUCCCAAGCGGAUUGUGCCGUUCUUAUCAUUGAUUCCAUUACUGGUGGUUUCGAGGCUGGUAUUUCGGAGGAUGGACAGACCCGUGAACAUGCUCUCCUUGCUUUCACUCUUGGUGUCAAGCAAAUGAUCUGCUGCUGUAACAAGAUGGAUGCCACUACUCCUUCUGCCCUUCACACUUUCCGUGAAACUCCCUCUCACCUCUGCCAACAAUCGUAUUCCAUUCUUCCCUUUUUAAUUUUAAUUUGA